UAAAAUCCAGGGCGCCGCCGGGCUGGCUUUGUGGAGAGCUGCAGCGGGCUAAGCCGUGCUGAACAAAGGAGGUCGGGCACAGCCACCCAAGAUCCCGGGGCCACCGGGCCGCCCUCCGCCACCAUGACCGCCAACGGCACGACCGAGGCUGUGCAGAUCCAGUUCGGGCUCAUCAGCUGCGGCAACAAGUACCUGACAGCCGAGGCGUUCGGGUUCAAGGUGAACGCAUCGGCUAGUAGCUUGAAGAAGAAGCAGAUCUGGACGCUGGAGCAACCUCCCGAUGAGGCGGGCAGCGCGGCCGUGUGUCUGCGCAGCCACCUGGGUCGCUACCUGGCCGCCGACAAGGAUGGCAACGUGACCUGCGAGCGCGAGGUGCCCGACGGCGACUGCCGCUUCCUCGUCGUGGCGCACGACGACGGCCGCUGGUCGCUGCAGUCCGAGGCGCACCGGCGCUACUUCGGCGGCACCGAGGACCGCCUGUCGUGCUUCGCGCAGAGCGUGUCGCCGGCCGAGAAGUGGAGCGUGCACAUCGCCAUGCACCCGCAGGUCAACAUCUACAGCGUCACCCGCAAGCGCUACGCGCAUCUGAGCGCGCGACCGGCCGACGAGAUCGCCGUAGACCGCGACGUGCCUUGGGGCGUCGACUCGCUCAUCACCUUGGCCUUCCAGGACCAGCGCUACAGCGUGCAGACGUCCGACCACCGCUUCCUGCGCCACGACGGGCGCCUUGUGGCGCGGCCCGAGCCCGCCACGGGCUUCACGCUGGAGUUCCGCUCCGGCAAGGUGGCCUUUCGCGACUGCGAAGGUCGCUACCUGGCUCCGUCCGGGCCCAGCGGCACCCUCAAGGCUGGCAAGGCCACCAAGGUGGGCAAAGAUGAGCUCUUCGCCCUGGAACAGAGCUGCGCUCAGGUGGUGCUGCAGGCGGCCAACGAGAGGAACGUGUCCACGCGCCAGGGAAUGGACCUGUCUGCCAAUCAGGACGAAGAGACCGAUCAGGAGACCUUCCAGCUGGAGAUCGACCGAGACACAAGAAAGUGUGCCUUCCGCACCCACACGGGCAAGUAUUGGACGCUGACAGCGACUGGAGGUGUGCAGUCCACUGCGUCCACCAAGAAUGCCAGCUGCUACUUUGACAUCGAGUGGUGUGACCGCCGGAUCACUCUGAGAGCGUCCAACGGCAAGUUUGUGACCGCCAAGAAAAACGGCCAGCUGGCCGCCUCUGUGGAGACAGCAGGGGACUCAGAACUCUUCCUCAUGAAGCUGAUUAACCGCCCCAUUAUCGUGUUCCGUGGGGAGCAUGGGUUCAUUGGCUGCCGCAAGGUCACGGGCACUCUGGAUGCCAACCGCUCCAGUUACGACGUCUUCCAGCUGGAGUUCAAUGAUGGAGCCUACAACAUCAAAGACUCCACGGGCAAGUACUGGACGGUGGGUAGUGACUCCUCCGUCACCAGCAGCAGCGACACGCCUGUGGAUUUCUUCCUCGAGUUCUGUGACUACAAUAAGGUGGCUCUCAAGGUGGGCGGCCGCUACCUGAAGGGGGACCACGCCGGGGUCCUGAAGGCCUGCGCGGAGACUAUCGACCCCGCCUCGCUCUGGGAGUACUAGGGCCGCCUGCCCUCUGCAGGCCACUUGCUCUCACUCGUCCCUCUUGUUAUCCUUACCCACCGGGUGGCCCUGCAGCAGGUGGCAAGCCCCCUCCUUGCCUUUCAAACUGGAAACCCGAGAGAAAACGGUGCCCUUGCCCUCCGCCCUCUGUGGACCCCAUUUUCCCUAACUCUCUGCUCCCCAUGGGUCGGUGGCUGCAGACUGUCCCCGGGAGGGACUCUGGUUCCCUCUGUCCCCUUCUUUCCAUGGGGCACUCUGGCACCUUUCUUCUGACCUCAGUCAACUCUGAGCCUUAUUUCCCCCAGGAAGUGGCCUAGGAGAAGCUACAGGGCCUAAGGAGCUACCCUGAGCUUGUAACUGGAAGUCCCUACUCCCACGCCCCACCCCUCUCUGGUGCGCCUACUUUGGCCCCAGCAUCCAGAGGCGAGCCUUUUGGCGGGACUGAAGCCGGGCAUGGCCUGCCUUGCCCACAAGCGUUUUUUCUGGAUCAUGACUGGAAGGCAGUCUGUCCCAUCCUGCAGCGUUCAGGCUUGGCUCUUUGACUCAAAGCUAGCUAGGUGGCACUGGCAGGUCGCUCCUGCACAUUGUGGAAGGGGAGGGGCCUCUCUCCCACCUCAUUCCUUCCCCUGGCCCCUGGCCUGACUGGAAGCAGAAAAAUGACCAAAUCAGUAUUUUUUUUGUUUGUUUUUGAGAAAAUGUUACUGUUGAAAGGGCCCUAGGCAAGCCUGCCCUGUUGGUUGUAGCUGUGAGUGGUCUUGGGGUUGGGGGAGAUGCUUGGCGCCUGUCCCUGCCUCCCCAGCGGGUUCCCUUCCUCCCUCCUGCCUGUCCACCCCAGCCCUGGCUCUGUGAUUGGUGCUCCACGUCUUCCCAGACACCUCGGGGCUCCUGGGCGGGAGAAAGCCAGUUGUGUCCCUCCCUGGGAGCCCUGGAGUAAACCUCAGGGGGCCCUGUCCCAACUACCCGCAUUCCACCGACUCCCCAACACCAUGCUUCUCACUCUGGGUGUCUCGGUCUUUUAUUUUUUUGUAACUGUCAUUUGUAUAACUCUGAAGACCCAUGAUAGUAGCUUUGAACUGGAAAAUAAAGUAACACCAAGUCUG